AUGGAUUAUGCGACUAUCCUUCAGAUGUACAGAGAAGGAGGAUUCAAAAAGAUUCAUAUUGAAGGUGGUCAGACAGAGGGUCGUAUUGCUAUGGACGUUCGAAAACCAAAACCCAAAGGAAGAACUAUAAUGUCGGGACUACAUUAUGCUGAAGAAAGUAAAGCUCAAGAUAAGCUUGAACAGUUGAAGUUGGAUGAAGAACUGAAGAGUGCUAAUAAUAUGUAUGGUUGUGAAGACCUUACUUCCGUUGGUACAUUACCCAAUCUAAAUGACUUAAAACCGGAAAAUUUAACUAAUGUUUAUCUAAGUUAUUCUUUCAAGACAAAGUUGAGUACAAAUCUGCUUAUUCAUGACUAUAAAGAGGAGAUUUUGGGACAUGUUGAUACUAAUCAAGUUGUGAUAAUAAAGGGAGUUACUGGAUGUGGUAAAACCACCCAGGUACCUCAGUUCAUCCUGGAUCAACAUGAAGAAAUGAAUAUACAUUGUAAUAUUGUUGUCACUCAACCAAGGCGAAUUGCAGCUAUUUCAGUUGCGAAGAGGGUCUCCAAUGAACGAGGAUGGCCACUAGGUUCUAUUGUUGGAUAUCAGAUUGCUUUGGAACGUAAUUGUUCUCAAGAUACCCGACUGCUGUAUUGUACGACAGGUGUUCUUCUUCAGCAGCUAGUGAAAAAACAAUCUCUUUCAGAUUACACUCAUAUCAUUGUUGAUGAGGUUCAUGAAAGAGAUAAUGAAACUGACUUCAUUCUGAUUUUAUUAAAAAAGUUGUUAAGGAAUACUCAGUGCAGAACUAAGGUUAUUCUGAUGUCGGCAACUAUGAACGUGAAUCAAUUUUCAGAUUAUUUUUCAAGAACUGUAAAUGGGGUUGCUAUUGAACCACCUAUUGUUGAACUGGCUCAUAUAGCCAAAUAUCCAGUUCAGUAUUACUACCUUGACAGUCUUCAUAACAGGCUGCCUGGUAUAAAAAUACCUGACAUUAAUCUUAAUAGUCCUUCAAUUUCAACUUAUUCUUAUGACUUAGCUAGAGCCCUUAUUGAGGUUUUCCGAGUGAUUGACGAGCAUGAACAUCAUGAUACCGAUUUUGUCGGAUCUGUACUUAUAUUUUUACCUGGUAUUGCUGAAAUCGAAACAAUGUAUGCUAGACUCUUCACUUAUACAGGAUCUGUUGAAAAGUGGUGGUUAUGCCCACUUCAUUCAUCUAUCACUCAUGAUGAGCAGAUGAAAGUCUUUCAGGCCGCUCCUAAAGGUCAUAGGAAGAUAAUUCUUGCCACAAACAUUGCCGAAAGUUCCAUUACUGUACCUGACAUUAAGUAUGUAAUAGAUUUCUGCCUUGCCAAGCAACAGGUGCUAGAACCUGAAACGAGCUACUCUUGCCUACAGCUGACUUGGAUCUCUAAGUCGCAAGGCACUCAGAGAGGUGGUAGGGUAGGAAGGGUCAUGCCAGGUCGUGUUUACCGCCUGAUUCCGAAGGAUUGUUAUAUGGAGUUGCCAGAGGAUAUAACUCCAGAAAUUAUGAGAUGUCCCCUCGACCAGCUGGUCUUGAAAGCUAAACAGCUAAGGAUGGGCAACCCAGCUACGCUGUUAGGAUUGGCUAUUGAUCCUCCCGAUCUGUCUAACAUCCAUAAGACCAUUCUUCAUUUAAAAGAGGCCGGGGCUCUUCUCCUAACCGCUAAUGGACAAUACAAGGAUAACGAUGGCGACUUGACUUUCAUCGGACAAAUUAUGGCAUCACUUCCUCUGGACAUCCAUCUUUCCAAGUUGAUAAUCCUUGGUCAUAUGUUUUCUUGCCUAUCAGAUGCCAUAAUUAUGGCUAGUGCAAUGUCGGUAAAGAGCAUUUUCAGCUCACCUUUUAGGCAGCAGUUGGAAGCUUACAACUCAAAGCUCACCUGGGCAGAUUCCUCUUGUAGCGAUCCUAUUGCUUAUUUACAUGCCUAUUCGCUUUGGAAAUUCAAAUCAAAAAUGGGUUUCUUCAAACGAUCUGGUGGUGAAAGUGAAAUUGAUUGGUGUCGUAAAUACUUCAUUCAAGGAAAUCUUAUCAAAGAGGUAUCUCGAUUAGAAAAUGAAAUUGUGCAACGCUUAAGGACAUUAGGAGUUGAAGAAAUGAAAGGAGAAACAAGUAUGACAUGGUCUGCAGCUGAAAAACCUAUUAUUCUUAAGUUAAUGAUUGCUGGGGCAUUUUAUCCAAAUUAUUUCAUUCCUUUUGGGUCUGAUGAGAAGGAUGCUGUUAAACUACUCGGUGGUCGAGAUCCACUGACAACGGUGUAUUUAACAGGUUUACCUAACAAUCAACCCGGUCCUCUCUACACUCAUGCGAUACGAAACCAUUUUCUUCAUUGUGGAUCCAAUAUUGAAGUUUCAUUUGAUGGUAGCAGCAAAAUUUACCUAACUUUUGGGAGUAGUAUAUCGGCUAACCAUGAACCUGAAAAAUCAGCUCUGAUGCCAGGAAAAAUCAGCAUGGCUGUCUUCAGGAGCAUUAAACUACGCCAGCUUCAGAUUCCGAUCACAAUACCAGUAUUGUUACCUCACGAAGCUCGUAAAAGGGCAUUUGAGGUUUUUGGUGAUAGGUUGACUCCGAGCCUCUUCAAUGUCAUCAAGAGGAAAGCAGUAAUGCCUGUUAAGAAGACAAACGUGCCCUCUCUCAGUACGAGCAUCGUUCCUGUCGUGAUCACUCAUAUUGAAAAUCCUUCCAAGUUUUGGGUAAAUAUAAAUGAACCCGUCAACUCUAACAGGAUUUAUUGGAUCCAUUCUUCUCUUAACAGACUGAGUGAACCUCUGCCGUUAUAUACUGGCCCCUACGAUGAUGGUUCUCCUUGUAUUGCCCCCUAUAAAGAUAAGAAGGGACCUCCUGAAUACUACAGAGCUCGCAUUAUCAGCAGCAUUGAAGUAGAUUCAAGAGGAGCAGUUAUAAGAGUUCAGGUUUACUUUAUUGAUUAUGGUAACCAAGAAUCUGUCCACGCAAACGAACUGAGAGACUAUCCUACAUCUUUAACUAACGUAAAAAAGGAGCCAGAUUUAGCACUCGAAGCAAGUCUUGCCGAAAUUGGACCAGCCUUCUCUAAAAACCCACGGGGGGGCUGGUCCUCAGAGAAUAUCAAGGAAUUUUCUAAAUUUCUAAAAGAUAAUACUGGUAUAGCUAAAAUAUUUUCUGUUGUCAAUAAUGUUAUGGCAAUAACAUUGUUUUCAUCAGAGUUAAUGGGAAAAAAAACACUUACUGAUUUACGUUUUGAAUUAUCGUUUAAUUACUACCUUAUUAAGAAUGGUUUUGCAGAAGCAAUUGAUGAACCUUAUCUUUCAAGAGAAAACCAUAUGCUGCGAGAAGCUGCAGUAGAUUCGUCACAAAACUGUUAUGAUAAAUCAAAUGAUGAUUUGUUUAAUGAUAAUUUGUCUGAUAUUAAUUUUGCUCCUCCCAAACCUGAAGAAUGUAGAAGUAAGGUAACUUUGAAAGGUCCCCGUUCACCUUUGGAAAUGAACCUGUAUUCUCUUCCCAAGAAGUGUCAAGGUAAAGAAAUAAUAAUUGAAUGGAAUUCCGUUAAUUCUGUUCUCUUGGAUACUUACCCUAUGGACCCGCACGAAAGACUUGUCGUUGCAGCUUCAGUGACACAGAACACUGGCACAAAUCGGUUAACCUUGAGGAACACAACAAUUAUGCCUAACAUCCAUGGAUUAAGCUCUUUGGUAUGCCUUAUCUUCGCUCCUAGGGUAGAACUGAGGGUGGACCAGGAAAGACGACAAUUGACUGGAGCUCUGUGUGGACUUGGCUUUGAACCAGAAUCUGGAGCAGCUUUUUUCCCAGAAAAUGAUCUCGAAGUGUUGUUUGAUACAAAGCUUACUCUUAUGGAUUUAGAAGUGGUUAAUAAGUUGAGGUUUUGGAUGGACUAUAUCAUGGGAGGGGGAGAGGGACCACACAGUGAACUCUCAAGGCCUGGAAUUAUAAAGUCACAGGAGAGAAUUAAAAGUUACAUCACAGAUUUGCUAUUCAAGAAACGCCCUUGCAUUACACCUCAGCCUGUCACACACCCAUAUGAGUGGGACCAGUUGGAACCCGAUGAGCUCCUCGACCCUCAGGGAAGCGCUACCAGCCUAUAUCCUCUCAUCUGGGGCGUAUCGCUCGUCGGUGAAGGUUCUAGGGACAACGCUAUACUUUCAAGAUUGGAAACACUUAAAAUGAUCGCUAACGGGAAAGAGACUUUCAAGAAUGCUGUUCAAUGCGAGUUAUGCCAGGUAUAUAACCAAACGUUGCAAGAACUAAGGUUGCACCUUACUACGACAUUGCACACACUGAAGCUAGCUGAUUUCAAGGAAAGCAUGAAAGGUGGAAAAAAGAAUUGACACAACCAAAAAAAAAUGGCUCAAGUUGAUAAGUCAAUUUGUCCAGUAGCCAUUUUAAAUUUAAUGUGAUUUAUAAAUUUUAGAUUUAAUAUUCUAAUUUUUAUAUAUUGUUGAACAUUUUUAAUAUUUUAUUGAAGGCAUUAUGGUUAAUAAAGGUUCCUAUAAGUGUUUUAUUUUAUAUUUCUUCUUUUGAAGGAAAUUUUUUGUUGCUACCAUUAUUUUCACUUUAUAUUUACGACUAUUACUGAAAAUAAUAUUACAUUUGGAUAUUGUGUAGCUUUAAAUGUUUUAUGUAUGUACUUGUACAUGUAUACAAAUAUAUAUCACACUGAAAUGUAACUAUUCUUUUAUUUUUGUAUUAUUAGACGUAGCAUUUGAUAUUUCUUUG